UACAUAUGUAAAAUAGAAACGGAUAUACCUUUCUAGCUAUGUAUUUCGAUCCCACAACCCCCCCAAAACCUCCCACUUCACGCUUUCACUUUGAAACUAUCUUCUCCUUGUGUGUUAUUAGAUUGUAAGCCCCGCCCAUAUCGACAUUUGGUGAAACCUCCACUCACCCUCUUGCAGAUAAAGUUUUAGUUUGCUGCAGAAGAUGAAAUUGAAUGCUUUUCACAUCUGCUGUAGAGUUUCCAAGAUAUUAAAGCUCAAUGGUUUCAUCCUUUGGAUAAGUUCUUUGCAGGUACACACGUGUAUUGCUGUAAGGAAACAAAUUUGAGAUGGCGCAUUUGCUUUCAACUUCAUGCCCUCUUAAAGUUGCUUCGGGCUGUAAACUUAACUCCAAACCAUUGAGCUGCGACUUAGUAGCUUUUCGAACCUCCUCGUUAAGUCUUCAAACUUCCAAAUCUCGAUUUAGAAUGCUUGUUUCAAAUAGUGAGAGGUCAAAAAGGAAUUAUACCACGCAUGCAACCACUCUACCUACAAGCUGGCAAGCCUCAAAUGAACCUGACACAAACUUUCGGCAGAGCUCAAGUGAACACUCCAAACCAAAACGAGUACUGGUCAUUGGUGGUGAUGGAUACUGUGGCUGGGCCACAGCCCUCCACCUAUCUAACAAAGGUUAUGAGGUUGCCAUUGUUGAUAGCCUUGUCCGUCGUCUCUUCGACCACCAGCUUGGUCUCGACUCUCUUACUCCAAUCACCUCCAUCCACAACCGUAUCCGCUGUUGGAAGUCACUCACUGGAAAAACUAUUGAACUCUAUAUUGGUGAUGUUUGUGACUUUGAGUUCUUAUCAGAAACUUUCAAGUCAUUUGAGCCUAAUGCUGUUGUUCAUUUUGGGGAACAGCGGUCUGCCCCUUUCUCCAUGAUUGAUAGGUCAAGGGCCGUAUUUACUCAGAACAACAAUGUGAUUGGAACACUAAAUGUGCUCUUUGCUAUAAAAGAAUUUAGUGAAGACUGUCAUCUCGUGAAGCUUGGGACAAUGGGAGAAUAUGGGACUCCAAAUAUUGACAUUGAGGAGGGAUAUAUUUCAAUUACUCAUAAUGGAAGAACAGAUACUUUGCCUUACCCAAAGCAAGCAAGCUCUUUCUACCAUUUGAGCAAGGUUCAUGAUUCAAAUAAUAUAGCCUUCACUUGCAAGGCUUGGGGGAUUAGAGCCACUGACCUAAAUCAAGGAGUCGUCUAUGGAGUGAGAACUGAUGAAACUGAGAUGCAUGAAGAGCUCUAUAACAGGUUUGAUUAUGAUGGAAUAUUUGGAACGGCAUUGAAUCGGUUCUGUGUUCAGGCUGCUGUUGGUCAUCCACUUACUGUGUAUGGAAAAGGAGGCCAGACUCGGGGAUAUCUUGACAUACGAGAUACAGUUCAGUGCGUGGAGCUUGCCAUUGCAAACCCAGCAAACCCUGGUGAGUUUCGUGUCUUCAAUCAAUUUACCGAGCAGUUCUCUGUAAAUGAACUUGCGGCCCUUGUUACCAAAGCGGGAGAGAAGGUUGGGAUUGAUGUCCAAACCAUGUCUGUGCCAAACCCAAGAGUGGAGGCAGAGGAGCACUACUACAAUGCCAAACACACUAAACUAAUUGAGUUAGGGCUUAAACCACACCUUCUUUCAGAUUCUCUUCUUGAUUCUUUGCUUAACUUUGCUAUUCAGUUCAAGGAUCGCGUUGACAUAAAGCAGAUAAUGCCCAGUGUUUCCUGGAGAAAAAUUGGUGUUAAGACCAGGACUGUUGCUGCCUAGUAUACAUGAUUUGUAUGUAGGCUCUUUAUAUAUAUAUAUAUAUAUACAAGGAAGUUGAACUCAUUGUUGCA